GCAAAAAUGACCUCCUAGGAAGGGAAAUUCACAACCUCCACCUAUCCACAUUGCAUCUCAAUCAAUCUUCCCACAUUAACAUCUCUUUCUGACUCUCUCUCUCUCUCUCUCUCUCAACUGAUUUUCUUUCUCUGUUCAUUGCUUUUUGUGCUCAUGGAAACUAGCAUCACUGCAGGAAAUCAUACCAUUAACCCCCACCAUUCACCUCCUCAAGUAACCACCCACAAUCACCACCAUGACAUUCUCCCUACCACUACCCUUCUCAUAAUUGUAAUCCCCAUUAUCGUUGUUCUCUUACUCCUAGCAAUACUACUCGUUAUCGUGAUGCUCCGACGUCUGAAAUCGACUAAGAACACGAGCAGUAGCAGCAGUGGCAGCAACAAUUGCCUCACCAACAGCAAUUGCUUGUUCAAUGCUCAUGCUCAUAGCACUGUCAACAUCAAUGCAAGCCCAGUGAAGGGAGGGUGUUUUUAUGGAGCGGGCCGAAACCCGCCGGCUAAGUUCAUGGGAGUCCAAGUAUUCACAUACAAGGAGCUUGAAUUGGCCACCGAUAAUUUCAGCGAAGCAAAUGUGAUCGGAAAUGGAGAUUUUGGAGUAAUUUACAGAGGGGUUUUAAGAGACGGUACUGUUGCAGCAGUCAAGAAAUUGCACAGGGAAGGAAAGCAAGGGGAACGAGCAUUCCGGGUAGAGGUUGAUUUAUUGAGCCGCUUAUACUCUCCUUACUUGGUGCAACUGCUAGGCUAUUGUGCAGACCAGCACCACCGCCUGCUAAUAAUGGAAUUCAUGCCCAACGCCACCCUCCACCGCCACCUCCACCACCACCACCCUCGUACGCUGAACUGGGGGGUCCGCCUGCGCGUGGCCCUCGACUGUGCCAAAGCUCUCGAAUUCCUUCACGAGCACUCAUUGCCCUCCGUCAUCCACCGCGAUUUCAAGUCCAGUAACAUCCUCUUGGAUGAGAAUUUCAGAGCCAAGGUUUCCGAUUUUGGAUUGGCCAAGACAGGAUCGGAUAAGAUCAACGGUCAGAUCUCGACGCGCGUGCUGGGGACCACCGGUUACUUAGCCCCCGAGUAUGCAUCAACAGGUAAACUUACCACGAAAUCAGAUGUAUACAGCUACGGUGUGGUACUUCUGGAACUCCUAACGGGCCGAGUACCCGUCGAUACCAAGCGGCCACCUGGAGAACAUGUCCUUGUCUCUUGGGCUCUUCCAAGGUUAACUAACAGAGAGAAAAUAGAGGACAUGGUUGAUCCAUCUCUCCAAUGCCAGUACUCCAAAAAGGAUCUAAUCCAGGUAGCAGCAAUUGCCGCAAUGUGUGUGCAACCGGAAGCAGACUACCGGCCUCUAAUGACUGACGUGGUGCAGUCGUUAAUUCCUCUCAUUAAGAAUCACCCCUCGUUAGGUCCCUCAAGUUCCUUGAGAUUUAACCAAAGAGUAAGUCCCAAGGCAUGAUAGGGGCAUUUUGUAGCUACCGUUCGAGUCCGAUUUUCAAGAAAUCAUGUGAACCAGCAGCUGGCUUAUUCUUCGACAAAUUCACUAGGGAACAUUUUUCAGCGCCCCAACAAAAAAAAAAAAUGGUCCUUGUACCUUGGGCUAAGGUCAUAAUCAGCUGGGCCAAUUUCAUUUCAAUUCCUUUUGGUUUUCAUUUUGUAGGCAGGCAUCCAUCACUAUCCUUGCGCCCUGUAUGUAAGGCCUACGAUCGCUCGUGCAGGAUCCGACCGUGUAUAGCUUCAGAGCGAAUUCGAUUCGGAAUAACAGUGCUCUCGAUCAAUUGGUGAUGAAAAUAAAAAUAAAUAGUGCAUGCUCUAUCUGAAAUUCCUUCUUCAAUGAA